AUGGAGGAUCAAAAGCAGACGAGCUACACGUUUGAGAUAGAUAACUUCUCUGAGAAGGAAGCUGUGCUAUCAUCACCAGCACUCUCAAUCGGCGGCUGCGAAUGGUAUGUUGUGGUUUAUCCCAAAGGAGAUGUCCAUAUUAUUGAUGAUCACAUGUCUCUGUACCUAUGUGUUGCUAAUCCUGAAUCAUUACGACUUGGAUGGAAAAGACAAGCUAAAUUUUCCUUUGUACUACUGAAUCAAUCAGGCAAAGAGCUCUUCAGAACAGCUGAAUCCUGCAACUUGUUCUGCUCUCAGAUCUCAAGAUGGGGUGGUGCCUUGCUUCUUGAAACGCUUCAAGAGAAAGGGUUUUUGGAGAAGAACAAACUGAUACUUAAAGUGGAAGUAAAAGUAGUUGAAGUUGUUGAUCAAGGAGUUGUCACUGGGAAUGAGACGUUCAAUUUCAAUGGUUUCCAAGUCCCUUAUUCUCAGCUUCAUUCAGUAAGGAGGCUUUUCAUGCAACACCCGGAUUUUGCAUUAAAUUUCAGAUUAAAUAGCCAACUUGUGAAGACAGCAUACAUGAAUCUCCUUCUCGGUCUCAUCGAGAUACUAAACAAGCCUCCACAUAGCUUAUCCGAGGUUGAGCUAAGCACUGCUCGCAUCGAGUUGAUCGAGCUAACAGAAGCAGGGUUCAAGCUAGACUGGUUGAAGACAAAGCUUGCUGAGGUUACCUUGGAGAGGAAGAAAUCGAAUUCUGACGGUUGUCAAGUCCAAGAACUCGAGGAACACAUCAAGAACCUCAAAGUUGAACUGAACGAGGAGAAGCUCAAAACCGAUACUUCUGCUGCUAAAGUUCUGUCGUUGGAACAGACAGUGUCGGAUCUUAAAGAUGAUGUGUUGGAGCUUGAAGAUGAGGUUUGGGAUCUUAAAGAUGAGCUGAACAAGGAGAAGGGUAAAGCUGCUACUUCCGCUGCUAAUGUUUUGUCAUUAGAGCAGACGGUGUCGGAUCUUAAAGAUGAGGUGUCGGAUCUCAAAGGUGUUGUUUGCACUUGGGAAGUAUUUGAUUACGCAGAUCUCCGUAAUGAAAAGUAG